AUGCGGCUCUCACUCCAGCCAUUGCUCCUUCUGGCGCUAUCGUCCCUCGGCGCCGCCGUCUUCCAGGAUGAAGUCGGCCACAUCGAUUUCCACCACGCGCUCGUCGGCGUCCCCCAGGUCGAGACCACCUUCUUCCAUCGACCACGAAAGUCAGACAAGGCGAGCCUCCUCUACACACUCAGCGACGUCGGCAUUGUCGGCGCCGUGAACCCCAGCAACGGCGCUGUUGUCUGGCGUCAGCAGAUUGCCGACGAUAUCACCAAUGGCGGCGGUUUCUUGCGCGCGGCUGAGGGCGAGCACUGGGUUGCUGCGGCGUAUGGCUCCAAGGUGCAGGCUUGGGAUGCGCUGACUGGUCGUAACGUGUGGCACAACGAGUUCAAGGGCGAGGUUAAGGAUCUGGAGAUUCUCGAGUUGACUGAGAGCUCUAGAAAGGAUGUUUUGGUUUUGUACGAUGAGGACGGCACUACAGUUCUACGACGUAUACAUGGUACUCUGGGUCAGGUCGUUUGGGAGUUCCGAGAGGUUGCCCACAACAUUCCCCUCCAGGUCUCUACCGAUAUCUCCAAGAUCUACGUUGUCAGCCUCCACGGAUCGCCUGCUUCUUAUAGCCUCAAGGUUACUGCCCUCGAUACCCUCACCGGAGGACGACUGGAUGACUUUGCCAUUGGCACCAGGGGCGAUGUUCAUGGACCCAAGGACGUCAUGUUUGUCGGCGGCAACUCGGCUGCUCCUAUCCUUGCCUGGACUGAUAGCACCCUUACCAAGCUCAAGGUGAACGUUUUGGGUAGCAAGACAACUCAGGACCUCCAGUUGCCCGCCGACGCUGCUUCUGUUGUUAUUCACGCGCCUCAUCUCACCCAGUCUCAGCCUCACUUCCUGGUCCAUACCCGAACCAAGACUGGAAACAAGGCCGAAGUUUACCACACCGACUUGAAGAACAGCAAGGUCUCCAAGGCCUACGAGUUGCCUCACCUUUCUGGCCCAGGCGCCUUUUCCACCAGCUCCGACGGAGCUAACGUCUAUUUUGCUCGCGUGACUGAGGAUGAGACUUUGGUUGUCUCGUCCGAGUCCCACGCUGUACUGGCUCGUUGGGCUUUCAAGCCUGCUGGCGAUAUUGAAGCUGUUCAUGCUGUUGCUGAGGUUAUCAAGAAAUCUGGUACUGAAGGCUUUGCUAUUCGAGCUGCUGCUGUUACCAAGUCUGACGACUGGGUCAUGGUCCGCAACGGCGAGGUCGACUGGAAACGUCCUGAAGGUCUCUCUGCUGCCGUCGCUGCCGUCUGGGCUGAUGUCCCUGGUGUCGAGAACCUGGCCAAGGUCUUGGAGGAGGAGGCCCACACCAACCCUCUCCAGGCCUACAUCCACCGUGUCACCCGUCACAUGAACGACCUCCAGUAUCUUCCCGACUACCUUGCAUCUCUCCCCGAGCGCUUCAUUUCCAGCAUCUCCGGCGGUGAAACUGUCAGCAAGAAGGAGGGUCUGCACCGAGAUACCUUUGGCUUCAACAAGCUUGUUGUCCUUGUAACUCGCCGUGGCCGCAUGUAUGGCUUGAGCACUGAGCACAAGGGUCAGGUUGUCUGGUCCAAGUCUGUCCUUCCCCAACUUUCUGGCGAGACCCUCGAUGUCAAGGGUAUGUAUGCCAAGGACGAGGGUGUUGUUACACUGCGUGGCGCCAAGGGCGAGUACGUUGCUAUCAAGAGUGACACAGGCGAUGUUGUCGAGGUCAUGCCCGCGGGAUCUCUUCCUCGUGUAUCCAGCACCGUCGUUGUUGACAGCCCCGCUGGUAACUGGCUUCUCCCUGUCGGUGCCAACGGAGAAGUCGGACCCGUCCCAGCUGGUUUUACUCCUAGCCAGACCAUUGUUGUCCGAGGCGAGGGAGAGACUCUCAAGGGUAUCAAGUUUGUUGAAUCAGGUAACAAGGUUUCCGCGGAGGAGAUUUGGCAGCUCCAGCUCUUCCGUGGUCAGAAGAUCGUCGAGAUUGCCAAGCCUGAUUCUCACGACCCUGUCGCUUCUAUUGGUCGUGUUCUGGCCGAUCGUCGCGUCAGCUACAAGUACCUCAACCCCAACACUAUUGUGGUUGCUGCCAUUGACGAGGCUUCUUCCUCAUUGUCCGUUCAGCUGGUUGACACCAUCUCGGGUCAGAUUCUGGCGUCCCAGUCUUAUGCUGGCGUCGACUCUACUAAGCCCAUCUCUUGCACUAUGGCUGAGAACUGGUAUGCAUGCACUUUCUUCGGACAGUACACUCUUGAGGAUGGAACCAAGCGAUCCAUUCGGGGCAACCAUAUUGUUAUUACCGACCUCUACGAAUCUUCCUCGCCCAACGACCGUGGUCCUCUGGGUGAUGCCGAGACCUACUCUCCUCUCAAGCCCGUCGACUCCCCAGCUGGACCUGCUCUGCCUUGGGCUGAGUCGCAAGCUUACGUUCUGUCUCAGCCACUGGACUCUCUGUCGGUAACACAGACUCGACAAGGCAUUGCGAACCGUCAGGUUCUUGCCUACCUUCCCGAAGCACACUCCAUCGCCGGCUUGUCCCGCCAGGUUCUCGACGCCCGACGACCCGUUGGCCGCGACUCAACACCAGCUGAGAAGGAAGCCGAGGGUCUCAUCCAGUACACCCCUAGCAUUGAGAUCGAUCCCCGAUCAAUCAUUUCUCACCAGCGAAACGUUGUGGGUGUGAAGAACAUCCUCGCCACGCCAGUCAUUGUGGAGAGCACAAGUCUGAUUGUAGCCUAUGGCGUGGAUGUCUUUGGAACACGACUUGCUCCCAGUGGCAUGUUUGAUAUUCUGGGAGAUGGAUUUAACAAGUCCACUCUCAUUCUGACUGUCGUGUCACUGCUGGGCGGUGUGCUGUUCCUUUCACCAAUGGUGAGGAGAAAACAAAUCAACAGGGGCUGGGAGUCUUAG